AUGGAGAACAAGGGUGGUUCUGAGGUAGCAAAGCUAUCAUCGCGUGUGGUUCAAUUUGUAUUAGAUAGCUCGCGCGCGGCGAUGAUAAAAGAGAAAGGGAGACAGAGAGGUUUCCCCGUGGAGACAGUUGAUCUGCGGAGACACCGGGAUAGAACAGCAGAAGAUGGUUUAGCUUUAUUGGUGCAGCAGCAGCAGCAGCAGCAGCAGCAGCAGCAGCAACAAGUUUAUACACUCGAACAACAUAGAAAAAUAGAAGCUGCUAUCUCUAUUCUAUCACAACAUAAAAAAGAAGAGACAGGAGACAGAGACAGACAACAUAGAUUCUGUGUUAGUGGUUUUCAUUGUACAGCCGAAGCAGCAGCAGCAGCAGGUCCCCCAACCCCAGCAGCAACAGCAGCACCACCACCACCACCAGCACCAGCCCCAGCAGCAGCACCAGCCCCACCCCCAGCACCAGCAGCAGCAGAUGCAGCAGCAGAUGCAGCAGCAGCAGAUGCAGCAGCAGCAGCAGCACCAGCAGCAGCAGAUGCAGCAGCAGCAGCAGCAGCAGCAGCAGCAGCAGCAGGAGAUGGUGCAGCAGCAGCAGACACAGACACAGUAGAAUUUUAUUGGACUCGUGUAUUAGGUGUCUCCGAUAUAUCUGUUAUAUUUGAAGUGCUGCCUGUGGGGUGUACACUAAAGGAGACAGUUGGUGAGGGUCCCCUUUCUAUGUCUCUGCUGCUGCAGCUGCAGCAGGAUGAUGCAGCAAGAGAUACAAGCGCAGAAGAGAGCGAUGAAGAGGAGACACCUACAGAGCUAGCUUCUUUCUUUCAAGGAGACACCCCACAUAUACAUAUACAACCAUGGCAGCAAGAACCUGAUGCUGCUGCUGCUGCUGCUGCUGCUGAUGAUGCUGCUGCUGCUGCUGAUGAUGAUGCAGCAGCAGAUGAUAGAGAGACAGAAAAGGAGACAGAAAAAGAAAAGGAAAGAUAUAAAGAAAUAAGUAAAAGGGAUACAGACAGAAGCGAUAUAAUUGAGGAGACACCUGAGGAGAUAGAAAACGAGACAGAGACAGAAAAAGAGACAGAGAAAAAGGAGACAGAGAAAAAGGAGACAGCAGCUGCGGAGACACCUGGGGAGACAGCUGGGGAGACAGCUGGGGAGACAGCUGGUGGCAGCAGCAGAUGA